GCACAAAUGUUGAAGUAAGCACUUGUUUCGUCACCUCAAAGCAACCCAACAGUUCAAGUUAUCAAGGAAAGUAUUCCUACUCUGAUUGCUUUAGAGAAUAAAUUACGUAAAUGUUAAAAUGAGCCUGUGUGGACAACUCUGAAGAGGAAGAGGAGGACUUAAAGGAAAGGUUGUCAUCCUGCCUUCAUUGAGAUACUCUAUUCAUCUCUUCAAUAUGUGGAAGGUGGUGCUCCUGGUUUUAUACACAGUAUUGGCUGUAAGAGGACUGGCGAAAGGUGCUCCUUUCCAACCAGAAGAAAAAUGGAAACCUUUAGAUAAUCCUAGAAACCGAGACCUGUUUUUCAGAACGCUCCAGGCUUAUUUUUCAGGCAGAGGUCUUGAUCUCAGAAAAUUCCCAGCUACUUUCACUCUGAACAAUGAAGGACCAAGGCCUGUCAUGUUCUACUCAGAUCCUAUCGCUUCUGCAUUUGCAGAUUAUGAAGAAAAGAAAAAUUCUUUUCCAAGUUAUUUCAAAGGCUGAGAGAUAACGCUGCCCAAGGUGUUAACUUUUGAACUUCAUGUGAAGUGGUAACCUUUAUAGAAAACAUUACUGCUUUGACUUUUUAAGUUAUCUGACAACUUGAAAUUUUCCUCAGUAUCAGAGUUUUUACCUAUAGUAUCUGAUGUAACUAGCACAUUUGCUGAUGGUUAAUACAUGUGUGGUGUUUGGCUACAAUGGUUUGCCUAGCAGACUUGUAUUUGUUUAAACAGGAAUAAAUGAAGCAUUCAUUUCAAUAGAGUGUUUUUAAUUACCAUGAAGUGUCUUUGUUCAAAAUAAAUAUUACCUUUAAAUUUA